AUUAGUGUUUACAUAGCUUUGUGGACUCUCCUUAUACUGUGAUUGAAUGGAUUUUGCUUCCGAUUGUCUUGUUGGUGUCUACUCACUACUUUAUUAACUUGGUCUUUGGCUAGAUGGGAAAUAAAGAAUCAAAUUCAAAGCUAGAGGUUUGGAGUGUAUACCUGGAGAGUUCCGGGGGCCAACGCCCCCACGGCCCGGUCCGUGACUAGGCCUCGCGGUGGAUCAGGGUCUAAUCAUCCAGGCUGUUACUGUUGGCCGCACGUAAACCGAGGAAGUGACCACAGCCAACAAGUAUCUGUGUCUGUAUGUCAUGUGAAGACGAUGAUACAAGAUGCAGACCACACAACUAUGAAAGACAGGAUUCUUUCCCAAAAAGGUUCUCCGCUGGCCUGAAGCGUGUUACUGAAGAAACUGUAGUGCUACACAAGAGGAAGAUGAGAGCAGUGGGGCUGAAGAUUGUCAUGUUGGUGACGUUUACUCUUGUCUGCAAUACCUCUAAUGGAAAAGAGAAGAAAAACAGCUUAAGUUCACCUUGUACCCUCAGCCAUCUCGGCCUCACCUGUAACUACAUCAACAAAGCACAGGAUGAGGAGGUGGAUCUGGCUAUGUGGGGCAGCGCAGUAUUCGCUGUGUUCAUACAUAACGCGCAUAAACUAAGGUUGCAUGGAGCCGCCUGUAAGAUGCUGCGAAUCUACAACAGCACCGUCAUCAUCUCUCCUCACCAGCAAGAAUGCCCGCCCAGGAAUGUCUUAAUACAAUACUCCAGUGUCAACAGAAUCCCCGGAAGAAUCUUGGAACUCGUCAUUUUCUAUUCUGAGCUGCAGCAGUUGGAUGAACUAAGUGAUCUGAACUAUGCUUACUUAACUAACUCCAGACUUGGCGUAGCUGCCAUGAAAUUUGUAAGUGGCGCGAAUAUAGACAUUGUAAACUCUGAAAUAGCCUCCCUGGAGAGUGUGGUAGUCGGUGCUAACGCCUCCAUCACCUUCUCCGGCAGCAACAUCACCAUACCAGAGCAGGGACAUAUGGAUGUUGAUAAUCUAGGGGAGUUGACGCUUGAAGAAACUAUGGUCAUCGCAACUAGUCCCCAAGCUAUCAGUAUAUUGCCUGGUGGGAAGCUCAACCUAGUAUCACCACCGAAAAAGCUUAAUUUAUUUGAUUUUAGCAACUACGAGGAGGUUCAGCAUGACGGACCUAAUUCAAAAAGAUCUCCAAAAAAUGCCAGUUUUGAUAAAAUGAUGCUCUUUGACCUUUUCACAGAUCCCCAGUCCUCCCACACAUCAGUACUUAGUAAAUGUGACCUUCCUGUGUUAAUAUUGUGUUAUAUAGCUAGCGGGGGUAAUUUAUGUUUGUGACUACCUUCACGUGGUGCCCCUGUUGUCACUAAAGUCACAGAUGCAAGAGAAAAACAAGUGUUAUCCACCCUAAGAAAUCCAUGGUUCACCUGUUACUAAAAAUAUUCACGAAUAGGAACCGGGUGUUCUCAAGGAAGGAGAAGCAGGUGAUCUGAAGCUCAGUCAUGAGAUGCUUUACGAGAUGAUUAUUUUAUAUUCGGGUCUAGAGAAAGUGAAAUAUUGUGAUUAUCGGAAAAGUUAUGAAAGUAUAAUAGUGAAGUCUUCCUGUGGGAUGGAGUAUGAAGUAAAAAAAAAUCCUGUCAUUAACUCUGACCGUAAAAUAUAUCCCGUGAGAUAUGUUUUGACAAGAAUUUUUUUUUUUUUAGUUUGACAGGAAAUCUGUAUAUCUGGCACAACAAGGCAAGUGGGCAGCAGGUGCUUACGUGGGCCAUCUGAAGAUGACUCUUCGGCAUCCCAUCCCGUCCUAUGUUAUUUUGGAGGAUUUCAAGACCCAGGUCCUAGUGUCAUAUGCUGGGCAGCGACGUACCUGCUGCCUAUGUGGGGCGUAUGAUCAUAUGGUGGCAAUGUGUGUGAAGCAGAGACAGGCGCCUGCACAGACUGGUGAGGCCCCUGUUCCCGUAUUGGAUGUAGUCGAUGAGGGCUGAAGGCAAGAGCAAGGGUGUGGUUGUUUGUGGAGUGAGGUGGUGGAGGAGCCCCUUGCUGAGACUGGCGUGAGUGAGACAUGCCGGGACUUACCUGGACCCCCGCCUUUGACGGAGGCAAGUGCAGAAGUGCACGUACAGGAGGAUGUGAUGGCACUUGAAGAAGAGUUGGUGGAGGUGUUGAGGACUUUGUCACCACCUAAGGAGAAGGAUGUACCUGGGAGGGUGCAUGGACACGGGUUAAAGGCAGUGACAAGUGCAAGGCAGGAGCACAGUGGGGACAACGAGCCCAGCAGUGUGCGAGAGAUGUCGCCGUGUUUAGUGGAACAUCGCAUGGUGGACGUUGAGGUACAUUGUGAGGCCUCCUUUGACAAUGACAUGGAGGAGGAGAUCAACACGAGGAAGAGAGCGGUGGCGUCAGACUCAGAUGUUCUGAUGCCGGCGCACAGGCCUGAGAGGCAGGAGGGGAAUUGUAAUGGUGGCCAUGACAAGCGGCACCGAAAGAAGGGGGGAGGGAGGUAGGGAAGGUGGUGUGAAGACCAGUGGUGCCCCAGGUGCAGGAGAACCUGGGAAGAAUGGAGAGAAGAGACAGGGUUGGAAACUAUAAGCGGCCUCAGGUGUAUGACGGUGAAUGUGAAUGGUUUGUGUAAUAAUGUAAAGAGAGAAUGGUUUAGGACGUUUCUACAAAAAUCUAGAGUGGAUGUUGUGUUUCUCCAGGAGCACAAUUUUCAGGAGGGUAGAGUGUUGGAGGUGGCAGGGUUUCAGGUGGUGACUCUGCCAUCUGCCCGUCUGAAAGGAGGUGUGGCUAUCAUGAUUAAGGAGGCGAGCCCGUUUGUUUUAUUAAGAAGCGAGGGGGGGAGGAGGGAGGGUGUUGCGUGUGGAUGGGUGGUGGAUGGGGAAGAGGGUGUCUUUUGUAAGUGUGUAUGCGCCUGCGGAACAUGAUGUGAAAGUGAAGAAGGAUUUUGUGUGUGAUGAUUUAGUUUUUUCUUAUGCGGCUUACCAGCUGUAGCAAUUGUAGGAGGGGACUGGAACUGUAUUAUUCGAAGGGCAGACGUGGAACCAAAAGGGGCGGGAUAUGUGUCUGUGGCCUUGCGUGACCUCUUGAGGGAUAUUUGGUUAAGGGAUGCGUUUUGGAGGGGGUCUCGGGAGGUUGAGCACACGUUCGUGAGGAGGGGGUAUGCGGCUCGUUUAGACAGAUUGCAUCUCUCCCAAGAGGUUUUAGUCAAAAAUUUCCAUACAAUAGAGAUUGCUUAUUUGCAUCAUCGGACAGUAGUAGCGGAGGUGGGGUGGGAGUCACUUGCGGGUAUUUAUAGGGGUUACUGGAAGUUAAACACGAGCGUGUUAGGUGACGAGGAGGGGUUGGAGGGGUUUACAACACUGUGGGAGGGGCUCAGUGGGAAGCAAAUGGGGUGAAGGAUGUGGUGACAUGGUGGGAUUGUGUGGCUAAAGAAAUAAAGAAAGGAUUAGGCAACAUUAUGCGAGAGAAGGGAAAUGGAUCAAUAACUUGAAGUAUGGACUUGCCAACUAUUUGGAGGAUAUGCUAAGGGGUUGUUAUGCGAGGGGGGGAGGGUAAUUAUCCCAUGGAUGACAUUAUUGCUAUUAAGGGGAGACUGUGCGAAUUACAGGACGAGAGGUUUCAAGCUGUGAGGGUACAGGCGGGGGUGGAAGAGGUGUUAUGGGGCGACAGGCCAUCGGUGUGCAUCUUGUGUCAACAGAAGCAACAACAGCAGGCUACUGCUAUUCCAUGGUUGGAGGUACAUGAGUUGGUGGGAGGUUAUAGGCAGGAGCAGGUGUUAUGGGCCAUGUAUGGAAUGUGUGUGUAUGCAGACAAAUAUUACGAGGGGUAUUGGCAAAGUGGUGGGGUUGGGUCUGAGGUUUUAGAGCAGGUGUGUGGGUGUGUGCCUUGCAAUUUGGGGAGCAGUGAUAGGGAGGCACUGGGUGGGGUAAUAACAGAGGAGGAAAUAUGGAGGGCUUUACGUGGGAUGCGUAAGGGGAAAGCUCCAGGAAUCAAUGGUCUCCCGGCAGAGUUUUAUCUACAGCAUUGGGAGCUGAUAAGGGUUUUUUUGGUAAGGUUAUUGAAUUCAAUGAAGGAGAGGAGCGUUGGGAGUGAAGCAGGCAACUGCUGUGGUGUUGGUGGUUCCGAAGGGAAAGGGGCAGCACACCCUUAGGGACUACCGGGCUAUCUCGUUAUUAUGAGCAGAUUAUAAGUUGUUUGCCAAGGUACUGGGGAAUAGGUUUAAGUGCGUAGUAGGGCGGGUGGUAUCGAAAACUCAGUUUGAGUUGCCAGGGAGGUCUGUGGUUGAGGGGCAUGGGAUACUUAGGGGAUUCGUGGAAUCAAAGGGGGGAAGGGGGUGGCGUUGUUGGCAUUAGAUUGGCAGGGGGCAUAUGAUAGGGUGGAAAGAGGAGCAUUGAGAGCUAUCCUCAGGAGACGAUUUUGGGGAUGAAAUUGUGGGUUGGGUAGAUGCGUUGUACCGGGGAGCCAUGGCCAGGGUACAGAUAAAUGGAUGCUUGGGGGAGGAGAUUGUAAUGGGGAUGGGACUUGGGCAGGGGUGUCCUAUGUCACAAUUAUUGUUUGCAUGUGUAAAGGACCCCUUUUAUCGAAUGGUAGAGCAAUACAUGUGCACUGAGAGGGGGGGAGGGAUUGGGGUAGGGAGGGUUUGGCCGGGUGUGAUUGGUUAUGUUGAUGAUGCAACUGUCUUGGUAAGGGAGGGGAUAUUGAUGGGGGCUUUAGAUGAGGUUGUGCAAUUGUUCAGAGGCACAACUGGUAUGAAAGUAAAUGAGGAAAAGUCCAUGGUCGUGGAGUUGGGGGAUUGGGCGGGAAGGGUAGCGUGGGGACGUACCAUCGUGAGGUGGCAGGUGGACUCUGAAAAUGUGGCAUCAUCUAUGCAGAUGACCUGGGUACAGCACGAGAGACUAACUCGAAUAGGUUGACGGAUCGAAUCCAGGGUCGCCAUAUCACCUGACCCUUGUGCAACAGGCUAUUGUCAUUAAUGUCUUAUUGUAUAGUAAGGUGUAGUAUGUGGCAGCCAUGUUCCCAUUAACAGGGAUGGCGAUAUCAGGCAUUCUGAGGAUGGUAUUUAAAUUCUUGUGAGGUUCGGGUUGUGAUUGGCUUAAGAGAGAGGUUGUCAUGUUACUAGUGAGUCGGGGGGGGGGGGAUUGCUGGACCUGAAACGGAGGGUAAAAUGCAUCUUCACUAAGAGGGAGGUGAUGCGGGAGGGUGUGUGUGUGGGGGAGGGUUGGGUAGGAUACAUGAUAGGUUGAAAAGCAUGUAUAACGGGGUAGAGCUGCAUGUGUGAAACUGUUUUGUGGGCUCUGGUGUUGACACGGGAACCAGGGAAAGUGAAAAUAGGUGGGCUGUGUAGGUUAUUAGUGGGGAGGGUUGUGGCAUCAGUUGAGGGGGUUUUCCCCAUGUAUGCAUGGGGGAUUAUCUGGGAUAGGUUUAGUAAGUUGAGGUUACAACCUAGAGCAAGAGAGGUGAUGUAUCAUUUCUUUCACGGCAUUUUGCCGUCGGGUGCGAUUCUACGGGAUAGACGGGUGGUUGAGGGGGGUGGAAUAUGUGGAGGUGAGGAGUCUGCGUUUCAUGUAGUAUAUUUUUUGCGAGGGGUUGGGAGAGGUCUGGGGUUGGUUGUGUAGGGUGAUCCUUAGGAUCGGGGGUAAAGGGAUUUCUGUCAGGUAGAAACGGGGUCGCCUCCUGGGGGGUGGACAGUUGUAAUAUGCGAGUAUGAGAUUGUGUGGCAAGUGAGAAGGAAUAGUGUAUCGUUAAAAAUGUGUAUGCAACUGUGGCGCCUGAGAUGUGUUUGGUCAUGUACCAAGUUGUGGCUGCCUGCGCCUGAGUGCGCCUUAGAUACACCGAGGUGGAUGAGCACAUGUGAAUUUUAUGGACUCCCGGCCUGUUAUGUUUUGUAAUAUGAGACUGUCAUAAUGAGUACCCAGCAAUUUAGUUUGUGUUUUGGCAGAUAAUUUACUGCUGGAAUCAUGACCUAGUUCAUAUUUAUAUACUAUGUUGCAAUGUUAGGUUUUACAUAGUGAGAUAAUUGUACAUAAGUAGCCUCUGGGAUUUGUUGGAAUGCUUUGUUGCUAUGCUCUUAGAAAUAUUCAUCACUUGAAGUGUGAAAAUUUGUCUGGACUGCCUCCAUGUGAGUUGCCUACCCUAGCAAGCUCUGUUGACACUGAGCUCUGAGGUCGGUACCUCAGCCUCACAAGUGGCUUAUAGGACAGAUUUCCAUAAAUGACUGAUGUUGCAAGAAAUCUCGCCUGCAUGCACGAAUAAAGGACUAACUUACUUGGUGUUAAAGAAUAUAUCCCGGUCUUCAACCUCCCUAAGCUUUAGCCCCUCUGGACUUCCCCUCAGAACCAUGUGCAACCAGGAGCCUUAAUUCUUGCAAUAUUCAGUCGGUAUUAGUGACCUGCCUGCACCUCAGAAAUUCCUGUUUUCAAGGGGGUGUGUAUCCCCUAGUACAACUAUGCAGGAAGCGACACUAGCUUCUAAGGCUUAACCACGAGGAGAUGCCGGCAUGUACCGAUCAUUGGCCGUCCAGCUGCACAAAGACCCUCAGUUCAACUCACUCGCAAUUUCCCCCAGAAACUGGCCAGAAUACUGAGAAAGAAAGGGAAGUCUUGUCUUACUGUAUGGGCCUGAUGGAGGUCAUCUACGGUACUUUGAGUUGCCUCCAUCAGAUUUCUCUAGGUCUAGUAUGUGAAGACACGUGGGGGCGCCACCCUGCCAUUCACGGCAUUUGUUAUUCUUAUGGCGUCUGAUCUUAGAAGGAGGCACUGCGGUCUCAAAACCCCAUGCCCCAGCAUUCAAACUUGGGCUGCCAGUUCUCCCUGGCUAAUAUAACCUAGUGUUUGCCUACAUUAUCGGCCUAUUACUACCUACAUUAAGGUCUUAGGUCUACAUUAUUAUCUACAGUUGCCUCAAUAGCCCUAAUAUUAGUUCACUAACAGUAUAAACUACCUACCUCUUCCUUGAAGGGUAAAUCUAUCAAUUAAGAUGUACCUUCCAACCACCUUCACCAACGGGUGUGUGUUUUGGGUGGGUGUAAGGGCCACCCAACCCAGCUGUUCCAUCCAUGACAUGUUGGGAUCUUCGUACGACGUAUCUGUCCUGUGGAACUUAGGACCGAGUAAGUUUCCACAUGAAGUGUAAUUUCUUAAACCUGGUUGAGGUGUCACUGUGUUACGGAAUGACAUGUAGUCCAUUUGUUAAUAUUGUUAUUAAUAUGUUUUGUGUCUCUGGUGUUCCGGUUUCACCAAUACUUACUAAUUAUGUUUCUUCAUUAAUGUCAUGUUACGAUGUGAGCCUUCAUUUUGGGGUGCGGGUGGGGGGUGGGAAAUGGCCCCUACCACUGCAUGGAGUGAGGCAAUGGAGUAGUACCUUUCGGCGCAAGUGCUGGUCGGGAGCAGUGUAUGAUGUGGCUUGUCAUGUUACUAACGAACGUAGCAUAUUAUUUUGUAAUGGCGGAAGAUGUGACCCCAUAAAGGUGGGGUACGGGUCAGUCAUAAUGGGGAGUACCCUGCACUUUAGUUGUGUUUUGGCGGAUUCUUUACUGAUGGGAUCAUGACCUAAUUCUUAUUUAUAUACUAUGUAGAAUGUUAGGUUUCCAUGGUAAGAUAAUUGUACAUAAGUUGCUUUUGGGAAUUGUUAACAUUCAUUGUUGCAACCUUCUUAGGAAUAUUAAUUUCUUCAAGUAUAUUUUCUUUAACCUGGUCGAGGUGACACUGUUAAGUAAUGUCAUGUAGCCCUAUUGUUAAUAUUGUUAUUAAUAAGUUUUGUGUCUUAGAUGUUACUGUUUCACCCAUGCUCAUAUAAUUACUAAUUAUGUUUCUUCAUUAAUGUCAAGUUAAGAUGUGAGCAUUCAGGUUGGUGAUAAAAGUUAUUUAUUAUUUUGGGGUGUGGGGGGGGGUAGGAAAAAAGUGACAAAAGUUUGUCAUUACAGCAACUAUCAUUUUUGUAUAACACUGGGUGUAGUAUGGUGUGUGGAGUGACAGGGUGUCAGACCACUUUUAUGUCUGGUGUGGUUAAUUUUGUGUAAAAGUUAAUUAGGGAUUCUUGUGAUUAAUUCAUUUUGUGUGCCUUUUUAAUAUAUAUCCACAUCGUAAAGUUUUAAAUAAAAUAUAAAAAAAAAAAACUCUGUAAUU